GCGCCGGCGUGUCGCCUCCCGUCCCGCUAGCAGCACGCUGCGUGGCUGCUCGUUGGCUAUUUAGGACGGAAGCUCGGUUGGUGUUUCUCCAGAAGUUUCCCCCUUGGGCGGUGGUGGAGGUAGUAACCGUGAUAGUAGCAGCUUCGGCGGCAGCAACAGCGACUACGAGGGAUGGCGGCGGCUGCAGCAGGAACUGCAACAUCCCAGAGGUUUUUCCAGAGCUUCUCGGAUGCCCUAAUCGACGAGGACCCCCAGAAGGCGUUAGAGGAGCUGACUAAGGCUUUGGAACAGAAACCAGAUGAUGCACAAUAUUAUUGUCAAAGAGCUUAUUGUCACAUUCUUCUUGGGAAUUACUGUGUUGCUGUUGCUGAUGCAAAGAAGUCUCUAGAACUCAAUCCAAAUAAUUCCACUGCUAUGCUGAGAAAAGGAAUAUGUGAAUACCAUGAAAAAAACUAUGCUGCUGCCCUAGAAACUUUUACAGAAGGACAAAAAUUAGAUAUAGAAACGGGGUUUCAUCGUGUUGGCCAGGCUGGUCUCCAACUGCUGACCUCAAGUGAUCCACCUGCCUUGGACUCCCAAAGUGCUGGGAUUACAGGUGCAGAUGCUAAUUUCAGUAUCUGGAUUAAAAGGUGUCAAGAAGCUCAGAAUGGCUCAGAAUCUGAGGUGUGGACUCAUCAGUCAAAAAUCAAGUAUGACUGGUAUCAAACAGAAUCUCAAGUAGUCAUUACACUUAUGAUCAAGAAUGUUCAGAAGAAUGAUGUAAAUGUGGAAUUUUCAGAAAAAGAGUUGUCUGCUUUGGUUAAACUUCCUUCUGGAGAGGAUUACAAUUUGAAACUGGAACUUCUUCAUCCUAUAAUACCAGAACAGAGCACGUUUAAAGUACUUUCAACAAAGAUUGAAAUUAAACUGAAAAAGCCAGAGGCUGUGAGAUGGGAAAAGCUAGAGGGGCAAGGAGAUGUGCCUACACCAAAACAAUUCGUAGCAGAUGUAAAGAACCUAUAUCCAUCAUCAUCUCCUUAUACAAGAAAUUGGGAUAAAUUGGUUGGUGAGAUCAAAGAAGAAGAAAAGAAUGAAAAGUUGGAGGGAGAUGCAGCUUUAAACAGAUUAUUUCAGCAGAUCUAUUCAGAUGGUUCUGAUGAAGUGAAACGUGCCAUGAACAAAUCCUUUAUGGAGUCGGGUGGUACAGUUUUGAGUACCAACUGGUCUGAUGUAGGUAAAAGGAAAGUUGAAAUCAAUCCUCCUGAUGAUAUGGAAUGGAAAAAGUACUAAAUAAAUUAAUUUGCUCUCA